AUAGUUACGAUCACUUCCGGUGCUGUCGAAAGAGAUCCAAAGCACUGGCAUAGGAGUUUUGAUUGACAGCAAUGAUACAUUUAGUUCAAAUUCGUGACAAAUCAUGAAAAUUCAACACUUCUGUGACAUUUGCAUUUGUCUUACCAUGAUGUCAUUGUACAUUUAGUUGAAAAGAAAUAAUGGACAGACAGAUGCAAUCACACUUUACAGCCACCCUCAGCCAUAGCUUUAGUAUGCCUAGCUUGGCUGAGGGCAGUGAACCUAUUUCUGAAGUGGAGGAAAUCAAUGAGAUUAAAUCACUUCGGGAAAUGGGAGACCAAGCUAUGCAAUUACAAGACUUUACUGUAGCCAUAAAACGUUACAAUGAAGCUUUGGAAAUUGAUGAUAAAAACAUGGAGGUUUUAUUUGCAAGAACUAAAGCUUUUCUAGACAUGGGAGAUAACUCUAUGGCAUUGAAGGAUGCAGAGAAUUCAAUAAACAUAGAACCUGACAACCCAGAGGCAUACAGACUUUAUGGCUUGACUUUAUGCCAAGUUAACAAUUAUAGAGAUGCUGUCUCAGCAUUUUUGACUGCACUUGACCUUGACCCUGACAAUGCUGAUGACCUAACAGACCACAUUGCAGAAGUUGCUGAACAUAUAUGUCAUAUUCCAAAAGAUGUUUUAGAAAAACUAGAAGAAAUGGACAGUUACAAAAAGUUAAGUGAAAUUGGUGUACAUCUUUUCCAAGCUAAAAGAUAUGACUUCUGUAUAACGAUUUUGGAAGCAGCUCAGAAGUUUCAAACAAAUCAGAAAGGAAUAACAAUGAGGAUUUUAUUGACUUUAGCCAAUGCCCACUCUGCUUGUAAACAUAAUGAACAGGCCAUUUCUAUAUACCAGGAAUGUCUGUCCACUGCAAUUGCCACUCAUGAACAAAUAUACCAGACAAAGUCGCUGGUGAACAUUGCAACUCUUUAUCUGGAAAACAGAGACACUCAUCAGGCUAUAGUAUUCUAUGAAAAAUUAUUACAAUUAGAGGCGGAGCUUGAAGAGGAGGCUGGGUCACAGAGAGAACUCCCAGAUUUCUGGACAAAAGAACUCCAGUGUGGUUUGCGUCUCAAUCUAAGUAUUGCUUAUAAAACAAUCGGACAGAUGCAUCAUGCAGAACAUCAUGCCAGAAAGUAUAUAUCCUUGUUAGAACAAUUUAAACUUGAAGGUCGAAUAAAAUCAGAGUCAUACCACAAUACAGGCAUGUUGAAUGAAAUCCUUGGAAACUAUGAUGAAGCUAUGAAAAACUAUAAUUUGUAUUUACAAUCUUCUAAACGCAAUAAAGAUCGAAAAGGAAUGGCCCAGGCUUAUGGAUGUUUAGGUAGUGUUUAUGGCGCAUUGAGAAACUGGAAGCUGUGUAUAACAUAUCAUGAGCAGUAUAUAUCCAUGGCAAAGCGUUUUAAAGACACAAAGAUGACUGUUAUGGCAUGUGAGAUGUUAGCUGACACAUACCUCAUGAAGGAAGAUUAUGAAAAGGCCAUUGAAGUGUAUGAGCAGAUGCUGAAUGCUGCCAUUCGAACAGACUACAGAAGCAGAGCUACAGCUUUAUGUAAAACUGGCAAUGUUUACAGAGAGAUGAAAAGAUAUCAGCAUAGUUUAUUUUUCUAUGAACAAGCAUAUGAUCUUGCUGAUGAUAUGGAAUAUUAUGAUAUACUUAAAAUAUGUCAGUAUAACAUAGCAUGCAUACAACAACAUUCCACACAGCUUAAGGAUAUUGAACAAGCUCGGCAAUAUUUUGAAUCCCUGAUUCCAUUCUAUGAGACAAAGAUUAAAGAACAUCAUGAUGAAGAUACAUAUUGUCCACCCGACUAUGAAAAACAAUUGACUGAAUGUUAUGAUGGGAUGCAAUGUGUUUUGAGCAAGCUGGGUAACAAAAACGAAUGUUUACAGUUUGCAGAAGCAUAUCGUAGGAGAUACAUUACAAAGAUGCCAGGAUAUAUAGGAUCACAGAUUGCUCCACAUUUAGAUUCCGUAGAACAUAUUACCCGGAUUGUUAACCAACAGAAUGCCAAUGUUUUAUAUUAUUCCUUACUACCCAGUAGACUGUUGAUAUGGGUUUUACUUCCUGGUCAAGGUGUUGUCAGAUUCUAUUCUGGGAGAGCGGAAGAGGAUGAGGGCAUGAUAGAACAGGUACAAACUUUAUUGAAAGAGAUCAGAGGCAAUGCUGACUGGAAAAAUUUGCAAACAACUUGUGAAAAUCGAGCAAUUCCAUUGAGUGAAGAAAGACUUAAUUUAAAGAGACACAGAAAUUUGAUGCUAGCUGAAAGAAAGUCUGAAGACCACAAAGAUAACCAAAACAAUAAUAAUGAGAGUACUUCUAAUAAAUCUCCAUGUCAUAAACUCUUUAACUUGCUUAUAGCACCUGUUGAGGAUAUUUUGAUGAAGUUAGACAAAGGAAAUAACUUAGUAAUUAUACCAGACAAAGAUUUAUUUCAUUGCCCAUUUACCAUCUUGCAGGAUUGGAGUUCAAAUUAUUUGUCAACUAGACAUCAUAUCACCAUAUUGCCUAGCAUAUUAAUGUUGGAAAAAUGUGUAAAUAACGAACUUAACUAUUUAAAGAGUCAAGAUGAACUAGACUUCUUAAGAUCUCAGGUUAGAAAAGGAGGCUUGAAUAAAUAUCUGACCAAAACCAUAUUGUCCAACGCUACCACUCCAGCAGAUGAUGUUGAGUCAUCUUUAUCCUUUAUGUUAGAUCUACGUAAGGUGUCAAACCCACGGUUAGUCACAACACAACUUUCUCUUAAGUCUGAACUUGAAGAAAAAUUGGACCAGUCAAAAGAAAACACCCAAUUAUCAUUGGAGGGUAACAGAAUGUCUCCCCGAUCUCCAAGUCAGAACUUACCACUAAUUCCUGAAAAAUCAGCUUUGAAGGCUGCCGAUUUCUUAUCCCGUGUAGGAAGUCCAACAUCACUCGAAGCUUUACUGAGUCUACAUAGCUACUCUACACUUACCAGUUGCACCUCUACAGGAACAGACAUAACAUCGUCUUCUAGUGCUGUAACGGAGUUUCAGCAAAUCAGUGACAGGGAAAGAUGUCUGGUAAUUGGAAAUCCCCAACUACCAGAAAGUGCAAUAUUGCAUGGUAGUCCAUGGAAGCCAUCUUGUAUCAGUCUACCGGCAGCCAAGAGAGAAUUGUCAGCUGUAGGUUCCUGGUUAGAUGUUUCUCCUAUAACAGGUUCACAAGCUACCAAGGAGGCUUUUCUCAAAGAAAUACAGAAUUCAACAGUCAUACAUAUAGCAACAUUUGGUUGUUGGAGAGAAGGAUAUCUUGCAUUUACACCUAAUCCGAUAAGACAAGAAUCAGGUCCUCCCCAGCAAUACUCAUAUAUUGUCACAACCAGUGAUAUUUUAGCCUGUAAACUUAAUGCUCAGCUUGUUGUGUUAAAUGUUGGAUACAACUCUAACAGGUCAGAAGAAACGAUUGAACAGGGAUACAGUUUGCCGUCUGCUUUCCUAGCUGCAGGAGCCCAAUGUGUACUUGCAUGUUCCUGGUUGACACCAAAUAUUGCUAGAGAGAAGUUUUUCUAUAGAUUUUACACUGAAUUACAAGAAGGCUGUCUGGUAACAGAGGCUAUGUACACAGGCAUGCGAUUCCUCCAAAGUGAUGAAAGAUAUUCAGAUAUUCAAACAUGGUGUCCAUUUCUGCUGAUAGGUAAAAAUGUUGCUAUUAACCUUAAACAGAUACGACAUGCAAUGUUAGACCAGAAACUUGAUCAAACAGAGAAAAUGGUGGAGGAAAAAAGCGGAAAAGAAUUCUUGAAUCCGAAAACCUUUAUACCAUCAGUGCCUUCCAGAGAAGAAAACUUAGCAUCUGUACAGAGAAUUCUGGGAGAAAUAUUACAAGACCACAAAUAUCAUCCAAUGGUUGUUUCUGACUUAAUAGAUUUGUUGGAUAGUGCACUGAAGAGACUACACACCCAGGAUAACAAUCGACAGAUUAGUUUAGUGACGGACAACCUCCUACACAGUAAACCUGGUCUUGACUUACUUAAAUUGCUGGGAUUCCAUUUCCAAGCCAAAGCUGAAGAUAUUAUGCAACCAUAUGUGGUUUACCCACAUUGGAAUAAAGAUGACCUGCUGAUCCCAGUUUAUGACGCUCUUAGAUCUAUCAUGGAUAUAUCAGAAGACAAAGACUGUACACAAGCUUUACAUGACAUACUACCUGCACCACAGGAACAAAUAUCACUCUUUGUUGACCUGCUUGCCAUUACAAAGCAUGCACCAGAGAUACAACUAAAAGUGUCUGACUUGUCUGUACGCCCAUUAUGGCAAAAUGUUAAGGCCAGGAAAGUGCUGAUGAACUCUGGUUUUCAUCAGAUUGGUAUGAUUCUUAACUUCAACAGGACUCCAUUAUACAGACGACUUAUGACAUCAGUUCUACAGUUUUUCCUGGCUGUAAGCGCACACAAGAGUCAAGUGCUAUUGUAUAGAUUAGAUGUCAACCUAUUAGGAAAGCCAAGUAUUUCUAAGAGUUCUCAGUUUAUAGAAGCUGGAAAAUUGCCAUCACUAACGCCACUGAUUCUACCCAGAAAUCAGUUGAGGAUGAGCACACCUUGGCUGAGUCGAGCAGAAAGAACCGAGGAAAUGGAUGAGAAAAUCAAGUUGGCAAGAAGUAAAUCUGACCUGAAGGAAAAGUACCAUAACUUUGUAGACCGGGCUAAGACCUGGCACCAGAUCACUGUGUCAGCUCAGACAGAGAAAACAGAGGCGAAUGAAGAACUAGCCAAGUAUGGGAGACCAAAGUCAACUCCUAACAAGGUUAAAGUUCGAGCUGGAGCCUCGGCAUCACUUGAAAGAGUUCCUUUGAAGAAGGAGAGACUAAUGGUUAUUCCGGAGGUGGAUCAGAGACGUGAUUAUGCACACUUUGUGUUAAAACAAAGACUAAGUAACAUUGAUGUCAGACACAAAAAUGAUGUCAUGAAACUAUAUUUACCUUAUAUACAAAGUACAUAAGGAAAACAUGGCCGUUAUUGUGAAUAUGAGGGUCUCCAUGGAAUUUAUAGAAUGAAUGAGAACAAUAUUUUCAAGGUGCUUAAAUUUGAUGAAUAGAAAGAUAAAGAACUGAAAAAAAUGCCAUAAAAAUGCACUAAUAUAGAAAUGAGAACAUCCCAUCAAGAGCCUUAUUGAUGACAUUUAUAGAAAAGAUAGGAUAUUGGCUAUUUUUCAAGGCAACAUUUUUUUUAAAAUGUUUAAUCUUAGCAGGUAAAAUUAGAAGCAAAAUAAUGGUCAUUAUGGAAGAUAAAAUAAUUUUAUUAAUAAAUGACACUAGCUGUCUUUUCUAAUGUUACAUUUUAAAAUAAAUUACACUUUGUUUGUAAACAUUACUUUUUAAAUAAAAGUGUUUUCGUUAAGUGCUGUUUUGGUUUUUUGUUUGUUGAUAAUAUAUGUACGUUUUUUGUUUGAUUCAUUUAAUUUAGUCAUUCCAUGUAUUCAAUAAUAAGGGGCUUUUUAGUGAAAUACAAUAAAUGUUCAUGUCAAAUACAAAAUAUGACUGAAAUUAACCUUAUUUGUUAAUUGCUUAGAAAAUUCCCUUAUCGCACAAGUUCUAUAACAUUCAUUCUCAACGAUCUUUUGAAAAAAAUGUUAUUUAAUAAAACUGUGAUAUUGUCUUUGACACACUGUUGUUUAUUUUUUUACUUGUUUUGUUUUUGGAAAUAAGUAGUUCAUUUGUCUGGUCUUAGAAGUUUGUUUUUUUUUGUUUUUUUUUUAUAUAUUUCUCAUAUCCAUGGAAACUUCUUUUACCACAUUUUAUGAAUUUUAAAGUGUUAAUGUGUAUUGUAUGUUUUAUUUUUUAUUUGUUUAGAAGAUUAUGGUAGUAUUCUCAAUCUACAAAAAUUGUUACCCAUGAAAAUUAACAAAUUCCCAGUAAGUUGUUUUUUCUCAGUAAUAUACAAUAAAAGAUAAAACAUGCUUUUUUGAUUGCAAAGAAAUGAAUAAAAAAUUGAAAAUAAUAAAACAAACAUAAUUAUGUGUACCAGUAUAUCUGUGAUACACUUAACCAAACUUGGCGACAAUAACGGUAAGACAUCUUGAUAUCCUAUUAAACAUCUCAUACUUAGGGUAACAUGUAUUUUCUUUUACAGCAAAAUUUUGAUAAAACACCAAUCAAAUGUUGUAUAACUGAAAUAUACUACUUACACAAAACAAUAUUUUAAAUUGAAUUUAAAAAUUACUGGUUAUAAUUAUUUUAUACCCAGCAUACAAUAGUUGUGGCUGCAAUAAACUUUCCAGUCUAUGUGUUCAUCCCAUAUCUGGUCAAAGUCUUUUAAGGUAGUCUCCCAUAAGGUUGUGCUGUUGAAAAUUACUGUAGAGUUUUUUAAUGUGUGGGUACCAAUUUUUCGUGGAUUGCAAAACUUGCAUUCUUGUGGACAUGUAAUUUCAUGGUUUUGCCAAAGUUUGCAUCCAACCUGAUAGAAAAUUUGUAAUUUGUUGAACAUUUAAAUUUGUGGUUCACCGGUACCCACAGAAACCACAAAAAUUGUUAUCCAACCAAUAAUAAAGAAUCCACAGUCACUUGAAACAUAGCACACAUGUUCAAAAUGAUUUGAACUGUUUAAAUAUUUGCUUUUUUUGGAAGGGGCUUUUUACCAAGAACAAGAAGUCACCUGAACAUUGAAUUUUGACGGAGAAGCCUUAUCAUGUGGUUCCAUGGAUACAUGUGUGUUCUUUAUUAAGUUGUCUGCAUCAUUCACUUGUUUUUUGUUCUAAUUAUAUUAACUAACUAUAAGUAUUAUUUUUUGUUUAGUUUUGUUAAGUAAAGUUUUAUUUCUACUACUGUUAUCUUUAUAAAAUGAUUUAUUUUUUACAUGACACAUUGCUACAUAAAGUAUACAUAACUUUU